CGCAAUAAGCCUGAGCCGCAUAAGCUUCUUCUUCUCUACGGCGGUGCGCUUCUGCAACAUUCUAACCUAGUCAGUCAGUCAACGCUGUUCUGUAUUCUCUUUUUGCAUAUCGAUUCCGGUGAAUCCGGCGAGUCUCAAAUAUUCUCAUAGCGAAGAAACAUGUCUCGCUUAUGCGUGAAGAAUCUGCCCAAGUAUGUUUCCGAAGAUCGUCUUAGAGAAUUCUUUUCUCAAAAGGGAGAAGUAACCGACGCCAAGCUCAUGCGUACCAAAGAUGGCAAGAGCAGGCAAUUCGGGUUUGUCGGAUUUCGUUCGGAGAAUGAAGCUCUAGUAGCUCUCAAGUACUUCAACAAUUCUUACCUGGACACUUGCAGAAUUAAUUGUGAGGUUGCUAGGAAAGUUGGGGAUCCAGAUAUACCGCGUCCUUGGAGUCGUCAUUCACUUAAGAAAGUUGAGGACUUGAAUGAGGUAAAGAGAGCAAAGGAUGCAAAGGACUUGGGUCUAGCAAGUGAUACAGAUCAUAAGAAGAAAAAGAAAAAGAACAAGAACAGUGACAGUAAUGACUCUCAGCUGCAAGAGUUCCUUCAGGUUAUGCAGCCUCGGACUAAGUCACAACUGUGGUCAAAUGAUGCAUUGACAGAUGCAGCGGUUAAUACUAAUAAUGUUGUUCUGCCCGUGAGAAAGAAAAUAGCUUCUCUGCUUGAAUCAGAUGAAACUGAAACUAAUGAAAAUGAUUCCUUAGACACUAAAAGGGAUAACAAGUUAACGAAUUUGGACCAUGAUGUUGUUAUGUCAGACAUGGAUUAUUUAAAAAGUAGGACCAAAAAGGAAUGGUCUGAUUCUUUAAGUGGGGAUGCAGAAGUUGAUGAUGAAAAUGAUGCUGGCCAUUGUAAGGAUGAUGGUAACAUUAACAAGUCACUGAAGAAAAGCUAUGAAGGUCAAGGACCUCAAAAAGUAAGUGGUAUGGGAGUCGAUGACCUUGACGUUAACAAUAAUGCUUCUAGAAUGAUCAUGGAAGACAAACAUGCUGAUGACGAGAUGCUGGAUGCAAGUGAGCCAUCGACGGGAAAAGAUGAUAUGAAAGAGGGCCUUGAGAGUUGCCGUCUCUUUGUUCGAAACCUUCCAUAUACAGCCACUGAAGAAGAGCUGGAAGAACAAUUUGGCAAAUUCGGUAGUAUUUCACAGGUCCAUGUUGUUGUUGAUAAAGAUACAAAGCGAUCCAAAGGAUUUGCGUAUGUAUUCUACACGGAUGCAAAAUCUGCAGCUAGGGCUUUAGAGCAAUUGGACAAUUCAGUCUUUCAGGGAAGAUUGUUGCAUGUCAUGCCAGCAAAGGAGAAACUUCUUCCUCAGAAACAAGAGUUCGGUAUCUUGGUGAAUGGAUCUUCAAAAUCAUUUAAGCAAAAGAGGGAAGAUGAGAGAAAGGCAUCUGAAGCUAAUGGAAAUACACAAGCUUGGAACAGUUUGUUUAUGCGCCCUGAUACUGUUGUGGAAAACAUAGCAAGGAAAUUUGGUGUUAGCAAAAGUGAUUUGCUUGAUAGAGAAGCAGAUGAUCUUGCUGUGAGAAUUGCGUUGGGUGAAACUCAAGUGCUCGCUGAUACUAAAAGAGGACUUGCAAAUGCUGGCAUCAAUAUAACAGCACUGGAGGGACUUGCUAAUGGGAAAAAUGAUGGUGUCAAGAGGAGCAAUCAUGUUAUAUUAGUGAAGAAUUUGCCAUAUGGAUCUUCUGAAGGUGAACUGGCCAAAAUGUUUGAGAAAUAUGGAAAUCUAGAUAAAAUUGUUCUCCCUUCAACAAAAACGCUGGCUCUGGUUAUUUUCUUAGAACCAGCUGAAGCACGCGCAGCUUUUAAGGGGUUAGCCUACAAGCGAUACAAGGAUGCUCCACUAUAUUUGGAGUGGGCACCUGGUAACAUUCUUGAUGCAAAUACGGCAUCAGUAAUUGAUGCAAACACUGUUAUUGUUGGUGAAAAAGAAGCUAAGAAGGCGUUUUUAGAGCAACAAGUUGAAGGGAUAGUAGAUGAUGACGCUGAUCCUGAUAGAAUUGAGUCCCGUUCAGUUUUCGUAAAGAAUCUGAACUUCAAAACAACAGAUGAGAGUUUGAAAAAGUAUUUUGAUGAAAAGCUGAAAGAAGGAAAGAUCCUUAGUGUCAGUGUGAAAAAACACGUGAAAAAUGGGAAGAAUGUUUCAAUGGGUUUUGGUUUCAUAGAACUCGACUCUGUAGACACAGCAGCGAAUGUUUGCAGAGAUUUACAGGGAACUGUAUUUGAUGGACAUGCUCUCAUAUUGCAACUAUGUCAUGGUAAGAAGGGUGAAAAGGCAAAAAAAACUGUUGACAAAGAUCGAAGUUCAACAAAGUUAAUUGUAAGAAACGUAGCAUUUGAGGCUACCGAGAAAGAUCUCAGACAGCUCUUCAGUCCAUUUGGUCAAGUUAAAAGCCUGAGACUUCCAAUGAGGUUUGGUAAUCAUAGAGGUUUCGGUUUUGUGGAGUUUUUGACAAAGCAAGAGACACAAAACGCACUUGAAGCUCUCUCAAACACGCAUUUAUAUGGACGACAUCUGGUAUUGGAAAGAGCCAAGGAAGGGGAAAGCUUGGAAGAGUUGCGUGCUCGAACAGCUGCCCAGUUUAACGAUGAUAAUAGUUCGAGCGUAACCAAGUUGUCUAAGAAAAGGAAGCAUUCGGAUGAAUUUGAUGAAAUGUAGAAGUUUGAUGAAGAAAUGGAAUUUGUUUGUUCUUGUAAAUGAUAUGUGCUAUUUAUUGGAUGGUCUUUAUAAGUUUUGCUCAGAUUCUCAGUUUUGGCCAGUUUUUAAUCUUGUCGAAUGAAGGUGUAUUUUAGUUGUUUGAAUAACUUUAUAAUUUAUUUUAUUUCUCUUUUUAAGAUCUCA